AUGUACCAUUCAAACCAAUUCUCACAGUCACUUCAAAGUGACAGUAAUGACACAGAUCCCAAUGACAAUGCAAGUACUAACAAAUUACAAUCUUAUCUUUCACAACAGGAACAGCAAUCGCAGACAAGUAGUUCCCAUACCACGGCAAACUUCUACGCCAUAACACAGUACAUCCUACAAUCUUACUUCAAAGUAGAAAUCAACAGUCUUUCGUCCCUUAGACUUAUAGACAUGAUAGUGGACCAGACGUACCCAGAUUCGCUCACUUUAAGAAAACUAAACGAUUCAAACUCAUACCAGACAUACCAGUACUUCAACACUAUAUCCAGAGACCCGGACAUCUCGAGGUGUCCCAUAUUUGCUCUCUCAGUAUACUUCGUCAUACGAUGGUCGCACCCUAAUCCAUCCAUUACAAUAAACAACUGUAACUCAAUAAAGUUGCUAGACGCAAAUCUGAUCACGUACGACUCGGACCCUCUUCAGUACAUUCAAAACCACUUGAAUGGGAAUAUAAACUCAACGGAGAGGAUACAGCGGUCUACCGUGUUUGAACCGUCACGGGACUUGAUUGAUUUGGUGUUUCCCUGGUUACCAAUGUUCAGGCAAGACAUGCACCUUAUCGAUAGAACAAAUUACAAGUUACACUCGCUGUGUGAACUGUUUGAGUUUAUGGGUAGGAUUAUAGUACAAGAUUUAAGAUACUUGAACCAGCACGCACUGCUGCUACCGAACAUCGUAUCAUUCAUGUCCAAAUUCAUACCAGAUCUGUUCCAAAAUAGCAAUUUUAGGGGAGUCAACAGUGCUGGAGCUUCUGUAAAUAAUAAUAUCGACUCAACGGCCAACGUCCCAGAAGAUACAGGGGCGAUCAACCCAAUAUUUAACCAACGAGCACCAGAUGUGCCUGAAGGCAGUGACCCUUAUAUUCAAAUGUUCAACGAAACGAACGACAAGUUGAACGAAAAAGUGGAUACAAGGUUUUCAGAACUAUCCCAAAAGAUGACCACGGAGACAAUACGACUGAGUCAGCAAGUGAAUCAAUUAAAAUCAGAUCUUAACUCGCUGACCUCAAUGUGCACGCAAAUCUUGCAAGGUCAGCGGCAGAUGUUUUCGGGACAACUGAGCAAUGCGGCGAACACGCCCUUGCCCACAAACCAGUACGGGAACUUUGCUUCUGGUUCACAGAACUCCCCCAAUAAUGGCGUGAAACUAGGAGGUAUGUCAUCACUGGACAGAACCUCUAACAAUAAUACAUUCACCGGUGAUGGUAUAACAAAUUUAGACGCACUGAAUUCAGAUGAGAAUGCUGCACGCAUGAACCAAAGACAAACGAUUGCAGGUAUGCCCCCCUUGGACAAUUUUGGAGCCAUUAAUACACUCGGCCACCAAUCACAAAUGAGAUCCUUCCAACAACCUCGCAGGCCAUCUAUAGGUUCCAACUCUAACCGGUUGUCUCCUCAAAUAAAGUCGAAUGCCCAAAUACAGCAAGAGCUUACGAAGAAAAGGAUGUUACCAUUGCCUGCUUCCGGCUCCAUGAGCGCACACGUUGGGUCCCCAUUUUCACCUACAUCGCCAGGAAAUUUCACCACUGCUGAAUCUCCUUAUACAAAGAGGAUCAGACUAGAAAAUAAACCUACCCCAUCACAAACGGCAUUGGAUAUGCUGCUGUCGAGGUCUGUUCCGAGCCCGAAGCCCCCAUUACCCACUACUUUCAGAAACGAAAGGACUGCCGAACAAUCCCAAAUAAACUCGCCGACGUUCCUGCUCAAUCAACCUGAUGCAUCCGAAUCAGAUUCUGAGUCUGUUAGUAUUACUUCGGAACCAUUAAUGGAGUCUGCUGAACAGCCAGGAAAUGUGCAACAUACGGGAGGCGACGAUAGUUUACACAUUAACGAACAAUCGAAGCAGGCCAAUUCUUACCCUACCAGUAAAGAGGCACAUCCUCCUAGUGAGAGAACUCUCGGGAGUGGAGACCAACAGCAACGAAACAACAACACUGAAACUUCCGGUGAAGCACAAUCAGCUGCAGAUGUAUUGUCGAAUCAGCAACCCACGCUUGUCACAAUGGGCACAAAACUCCCGAUAGUAAAUUCAGUGACGAAUACGGCAGACAGCCCGCUCAAGGUAAACAAAAAGAAAUCCUCUACAGGAUCUGGUGAUAGAGAAAAUAAGAAGAGUGUCAUGACUCCUGCUAAAGCUGGCCCGAACAUGAACAUCAAGUACAAGUUAUCACGGGAGAACAAGACCAUCUGGGAUUUAUACGCCGAGUGGUACAUUGGGAUUAAUGGUCACUGGUCGAUCAAAAAACUUAUCGAGGAGUACGGUUACCGGCGUUGGAAAGUGAGUGACGAUUCUCAUUUUUUUCCGACAAGGAGGAUUAUAAUGGACUAUAUCGAAACGGAAUGUGAUAGAGGUAUACAGCUCGGGAGGUUUACCAAGAUAGACCAACCAAGAGAGGACAUCCGGAAAAUUAUUGUGAGUGAUGUUGAGAAGUUCAGGAUCAACAACGGGCUGACGUUGAACUCAUUGUCCCUGUACUUCAGGAAUCUGACAAAACGGAAUGAGGAAAUUUGCAUAUUCAAGGACUUCAAAACAUGGGGGGUUAAGAUAAUGACGGAUGAGGAGAAAACCCGGUACAGCAAGCGGAAGCAUUUACACACGGCGAGCGGUGGCAGUGCGAAAACGCAAGAAGAUGGCGAGUCGCCCGAAACUUACUUCAAAGAUCCGCUCAAUCUCGCGAUGAACCCGAACAAUUCGAACAUCCCGUUGAAGACGCUGAUGACCACUUCAUCCUUCCGCGACAAAGUUUUCAGAUUACAGAACACAAAGCCCUCGCCGCUGGCGCAGACAGUACCGACAGGCACAGACAGCGGGAACUCCUCUGCCAGUGACAGUCCACAGCCCACAGAGGAGGGACCACUACAGGGUUCUACCAGAUCGCAGAUGAACUCCCCAAUUAAGGAACGGACAAACAACGACGACGGGAUGCCUGCUGCGGGAGAGGCGGCGCCACCGCAACAAAGUGAUCCCUCUGCGCUACAGAAUGGAGCUGCGAGUAAUGGCACGGGUGCAAGCGAGGGAAUAUCUGACGGUACGACGAAUGGCGACAGCAAUUACAUUACCACACACUCCAGCUCUGGGACGCCGCAGGUGCCACCUACAACCAUUGCAGACAUCUCCCUUGGAGCGCAGCUAGUUCCUGGGAACGACUCACCGUUUUCCCCAUCUUCUGCGACGGCCGUUUCGCAGGACAGUGCCCGGAUGUGA